AUUUUCAUUGCACCAAAAAAAAACUUUUCUAUUAAUUUUUGUAAAAAGAGGCUCACCUUGCAAUUUCCCAUAUAUUAAACACCACAUUGUAAAGCAGUACUUGAAUACAAAGGAGGGAAUUAGAUUGGCCGUGAAAAUUGAGGGUUGUAUUUGCAAAUCUCCUAACUAUGUACAAAGAUAUAUACCAGGGCUUCAUUUUUGUUCUCGUCAAAGAUAGAACCAUGAAAAAAACGAGGAGGAAGGAGACCGGGACCAAUCAACAAUGUCUUACGAUGAAAGAAGAUGAAAAAGAUCCGUUUUCAAUCAUUCCUCUCAAUCUGAUCGUAGAGAUUCUCAUGAAAAUUCCGACCAAAUCUGUAGCCAGCCUAGUCUUGGUUUCAAAAAAAUGGCUAUCCAUAAUCCGCCGCAAAGAUUUUAUCAACCUGUACAUGUCUCGAUCCUCGACUCGGACGCGUCUUCUCUUCACAAUCUUCCGCAUGCACGUGAGAGAGCAGUUCUUACAAACCUGCUCCCAGGUUGAUCCAUCUUCUAAUGAUCAUCGUCAUAGGUUAAACAUAACUCAACACCGUAUGCAUGUGUAUGCUUUUUCUCCACCCAUCCGCGGCUUGAUCUGCCGUCAAAUGGAUUCUAAAGUGGUGAUUGCAAACCCUAGCACGGGCCAGCUCUUAACGUUACCUAGAGUCAAAACUAUUAGAAGAGGUGUAUUAUCCUUUUUAGGGUAUGAUCCAAUGAAUGAUCUAUAUAAAGUCUUGUGCAUGACGGUACUAGGAGGUCAUCAAGGAGGUCAUCAAAGACGUUCACAAGUUGUGUCAGAGGAGCAUCAAGUUUACACUCUAGGAGGAGGUCAACAAAAAUGGAGAAUGAUUGAAUGUGAGCAUCCUCAUCUUCCUCCUCCUACCUCUUGUGUACCUGCUAAAUGUAUAUGCAUAAAUGGGAUACUAUAUUAUUUAGGGGGGGGAGGGGAGAAUUACACAGAGGAAUCUCUAAGAUCUUGUUUAGCCAAAGAAUCUGCUUUUUCAUUGUUCUUGCGAGAAAUAUGAAAAAAAUGAUAAAAUUAAAAAUAUCUUUGACAAUACCUACAAUUUUCUUCGACUGAUGUUUGUCGUUGAUUGCUCCCAUGAGCGUUGAGCUGUCGGAGCAAACCCAUAGCUUUGAGAGCUUCAUUGUUGCCGCCAUGCAGAGGCCCGAUCGGACUGCUAGUGCUUCUACGAUUAGUGAGGAGUAGCUAUCAACCUUGUAUAUACAUAUUGCUGCAUACAUUUAUAUAAAGAAACAAAAUUCCUCUUAUAACUCAUGCCCAGUGGAAUAU